GCUUCUCUCGAAGUAAAACACCAUCCUAAAGCCCUCGCUCUCCCCCUUACUCUCGUCCCUUCUUCCACACCACUCGCUCCCUAGGUUUCCGCCUCCCCCUGCCCCUCUGGAAUCCGGCGCCGCUCUCGUCGCCUCCCACCGGAAUCCGCUUCCUUUUCAUGCUCCGGUGUAUGUGAUGGGCGGCGCCUCCAAGCUCCUCAUGCUCCUCUCCACCCCCUUCCCCCUCAUCUACCCCCGCCCCUCCGCCCUCCGCCUCGCCCGCCACUCCCGCGUCCAGCUGGCCUCCCUCUCCUCGGUCGCCGCCGCCUCCUCCUCCCACCGCCGCCUCCUCCCAUCCGCUCCCCGCCCCCGGUGUGGAUUUUCCGUCAGAGCUGCAGAGGAGGUCCACACCCAGGCCGUUGCCAGGGAGGGCUAUGGGGAGUCCCUGGCCUCCCCGCCCAAUUCCAGGGCCGGGCACCCGUGGCCGGAGUGGUCGAAGCUGGUGGAUUAUCUCGUGGCCAGAGGUUAUUACGAGCGGCGGGAUUCUGUGGCUGCUGGUGAUGUUGAUGACUCGUUCCUGGACCACAAGGGUCUGUCGGAAGAGUUCGUGAAGGCUGCUGAGGCUUGCCUCGCUUUUGCCAGGGACCGGCCCGAUUUAUUGAGGCUGCUGCCAAAGAAGGAUCUUAAGGUUAUUGUGGAGAAUGGAUCGCCGUUGUUGUUUAGGAAUGGUGCGAAUUCAACCAGGCGCUUGCAGUCGUUCUUAAGUGGUGAUGGAGCCAAUGUAUUGGAGCCUGCAAUGGCACAAACAGUUGAUGUCAUGAGGUAUUUGUUGAGCUAUGCGUGCAACCAUCCUAUUACUUUAGAUGAGAACUACCUUAAAGCUAGAGAACUUAUUGAAGCAUCAGUGCGGAACCUGUUAGUUGAGUUGGUUAAUGUGAGCUCAGCUGGUCGGGAAUCCAGUUCUACUGAGUCUCCAAGACAGGAACGUCUGAGACAUGAACAGUUUUCGAGGCCUCUUAGUCAAAAUAUUGAAAUGAAAAGGGGCGACUGGAUUUGCCCAACGUGUAGUUUCAUGAACUUUGCUCGGAAUAUGAGAUGUCUUGAAUGUAAUGGGGCACGGCCAAAGAGGGUUUUGACUGGUGGAGAGUGGGAGUGUCCUCAAUGUGAUUUCUUCAAUUACGGGAGGAACAUGUCAUGCUUAAGGUGUGACUGCAAGCGGCCUGGAGGAACCUCAGUAAGUACUGCUGAACCAAGAGCUGGUUUGGGGUAUGGUAGAAACUCAAAUGUGGAACAGAUCCUCAACAGAAGCAGCACUGAUAAAUCUGAAAUUGAGCGCAAGUUGGCUGUCAAUGAUGAGAAGGCUGAAAGAUGGUUCGGCAAAGUGUCCCAGCUAGAUGAUUCUUCAGACCUGAGCAGCGCAAUAGCUGAUGAAGAUUUUCCUGAGAUUAUGCCCAUGAGAAAAGGGGUUAAUAGAUUUGUUGUUAGCACGCGUAAGACACCUCUGGAAAGGAGGUUGGCUAAUGCUCAACAGAGAGGUAAUUUGGGUAAUAGUGGUCCUUUGGAGGGAAAUGAAUCUCAGCCUGGAGGUUUGAGUGGAAUGGGAUCUGACAAGACUUCUGACUCAUCAAUCAGCAAGACUUUAGACAGGAUACUUGGUCGUUCAACAUCACCAGGAACAAAUCAUCAGUCAGAUGCUGGAGAGAUUAAUACUGGAGCUGGAAGUAGAUUUAAUUCUUCAGAGCUCAGGCAGAGUAUGGCAAACCGAAGGAGAGAUCCUGACCAUGUUCCUUUUGUGCCUUUACCUGCAGAUAUGUUUAGUAAAUCGCAGAAUUCAAACAAUGAUGUCCAACAAUUCCCAGAUAAGGAAGAUUCAACUUCCAUGAAGACUGGUCAGCUGAGUGAAUCUGUAACUAAGAGCCCUGGAAGCCCAGCUGGUAGCAAGAAUGACAAUGAAUCAUCUGAUGCAUCUGAAAGAUGGUCCAAGAGAGUUGCAGAGCUCAACAAUGUCACAGAUUUGUCAAGUGCAGUAUCUGAUGAUGACUUCCCUGAGAUCAUGCCGAUGCGCAAAGGUGAGAACCGAUUUGUGAUCAGCAAAAAGAAAGACCGUUCUCUGACAUCACCACAGUACAAGAGACGCAUAGCUCUGGAGCAAGCCAAUAAUUCCAAUUUUGUACCCUUUGUCCCUUUCCCUCCAGAUUACUUUGCAAAGAAAGACAAGCAACCAGAAGAUUCUCAAACCGUAGAAUCUACAUCAGAAGGUGCAGCUCCACCGGAAAAGGGUCAGAUUGUCCCUGAGAAGUUGGAAGAAGCUGAGACAAGGGUUUCAAACUUUGGAUCUGCUGGCAAUACAUCACAGUGGCCUGACAGUCAGCCUAAUAAUGAGAGCCAUAGCACAGAUUUGUCUGGCAAAACUUAUAAUGAGAGCAAGGUAGAUGCAGGUUAUGGUGGAGCUACUGCAACUUCAGCUCAGCUCCCAAAUAAUACGUGGAACAAUAGCAAAGAGGGUGGGAACAGUGAAUAUACUCAGAAAAGUGCAUUUGAUGGUGCCAGUUCUACUGCCAGCUCACUUCAAAAAUCUGAAUAUUCUCCAACUUCCAGGGAAAGCUGGAACCAGGGUUUCUCUGGGAAGAGCUUGGAGGGAUCUGCUGUCAAAGAACCUGAUCCUUUGGACAUGUCUGAGGAAGCCAAGGCAGAGAGAUGGUUUCGUAGGGUUGCUCAGAUAAAGGACAUAUCAGAGCUUAGCAACAUUCCUGAUGAAGAUUUCCCCGAGAUAAUGCCUAUGAGAAAGGGAGUGAACAGAUUUGUUGUGAGCAAGAGGAAGACCCCACUGGAGAGGAGGUUGACAUCUCCUCAGUACAGAAGAAAUCUGCCAAUUGUUAGUUCUGAACCUGAAAAGGAUGCCAACUGAAAAAGAAAGUGGAUCGCGUUAUUACUUCUUGUUUGUUCAUACUGAUUUGAUCAGUAAAAUUUGUUCUCAAAUGUCAUGGCAAUAAACUUUACAGUUUUCUGUGACAUUGUGACAUCCAGGAAGAACCUGUUUGUUUACUGAAAAAGGGAGGAAUCUGUGAGAUGUAGCUUUUGUUUGAUCCGGAUUCAACAUGAGUCUUUAUUUACGUUAGUUUUUAUGCUGCAAUA